GAUUCAAAGUCGAUCACUCCCACCUGCUUCUCUUGCCCUCCAUGCUUUUCGUUCCACAUUUUACCAGGCAGUGAACUACUCGAAAUACCCCUUCUCAAAAUCAACCUUUUCCGUUCGUUCCCGGAAUCUUGGUUCCUUUCUUACUGAGCAGACAUUUAUUUGUUACGUCAACUAGGGGGGAAACCCUAGUUUCCCAUUUCGGCGUGAGCUGAAUAUACCAAUCGGCCGAUAUCUGCGAUGUCGCGCGCGGCGAGGGAUUGCGCUUUUAUAUCUCCGAUCACUUUAUCUAACGUCUUCCCUGCAACCCCGAAUAUGCAGAAAGAUACGAGGCAGUAUCCAGAGCGUCAUCUCGCAGCUGCUUCGACUUCUUCAUUUGGAAGUUCCGACCUUGCGUCUUCAACCAGUGAUGGAUUCAAUUGUUCUUUCGUUUCAGAAAAGUGCGCCAAAAGUUCGAGGCUUAAGCCUAGGAUGGCUAAGACAAUGAAGCCGUUAAAAAAGUCAGAGUCUGUUGGGGACGGUUUAGGGUUUAAUUUGUUUAAACUCGGCCACACGAGGUCGGGCUCUGCUGUUGGUCCGUCCGGUGGUAGUUCUGGACUGGACACAAACCAGGGGAGUAGUCAAGAUUUUGAAAACUCAAAACAAAUGGGUUGUGGUGAGAAUGGGAAUCCUUUGUUUGUUUUUGGCUCUAAUAAGAGUGGAACACAGUCAACGAAUUAUGAAUUUGUGUUUGGUGCCAAUCAGAAUACACCAAGAUCCAUGUCUAGCGUAGAGAUUGAUUCCAAUGUAACUAAGGUCACUCUGAGUAGCUCGGUAUCAAAUUCAAAAUUCGAAAAUGCAGCAACUUUACAUUCCAACGCGGGGCAAAAAGCUUCUGACAAUAUUCUCCUGCAAUCAGGUACCUUUGAUUUUAGGAAACUUGGGGUUGGUGCAUCAGUUUUUACUGGUAAUGUAAGUGCACUGCAACCUAAUGACAUGCUUUCUAAUGAGCAUAGCAAGUCUAUCAAUCCAAACAAUAGUUUUGGUGAGAAGAGUUCUUUUGGACUGAACUUUGAUUUUCAGAGUUGGGGAAAUAGUGCAGAACAGAAAGGUUCAGCACCAAAUUUGUUUUCUGUAAAGAAAGAAACCAUUGGAGGUUGCCGAAUACCACUCCCUGAAAUGAAUGGGAUUGCUGCACCUAGUUUUGAAACUAACCCUAGUUUUCCAACUGAUAAUGCUUUCACAGGUUUUGUUUUUGGUGCUAAUAAUGCAAUGAGUUCAUCAUAUGCUAAUACAAAAGCAAAGAAGCCUUUUCGAAAUCCUAAAGCUUGUAAGGGGUGGAAACCAGACUCCAAUGUGGUUUCUCAGAAGGGAAGUUCUGGUGAUGUUUUUGUAUUUAAAGGAAGCAGUGAUAUACAGAAGACCAGUUAUGAGGAAAGCAGCAAGUUUCAUGUGAAUCAGAAGUUUGUUUUUGGUAGUCAGAAUGUUUUGGGUGCUGAUGUUUCUGAACUCUCAAGUGAGUUUAAUUCCUUAAGUAUGACUGCCAAGGCCAAUAAUAUGAGUUGCAAGUCACAUUCUAAUAGUAAAAAUAUGUUUAUUUUUGGAUGCAACCAAAAUACUUUUGAUUUUUCUACUGUAUGUGGAAGUGCUGACAAGAGUUUCAACAAUCAACAUGGGAAUGUGAAUCCAAUGGAGCCUGGAUAUGAUGAAAGUGCUGGUAAGGUUAAAAAAAUUAAUGUCACAUUUGGUACUGAAGAAAAGGAAGCUAGCUCCUUAGGAGUAGGUACUCAACAUGUGAUGGCCAAAUCACUGGACAAGAGUGCAGAGUUUGUUAGUUGUAGUGAGCAAUUAAGUUCCAGGAGAUCCUCUGCUGAAAUAUAUGGAAAGGAGAAUAACCCAAUUAAAUUAACGAGUUCUGAUACGACCCAAUAUCAUUGCCCACAUGACGACACUAAUGUCCAAGUAAAUGGCGGUGCUACUGUAGCAUCUUCUCUUAAUAAAGAUGAGAAGACUGAUCAAGCCAACUUCACAAGCUUUCGAUUUGGAAUGGGGGAAACCUUCAGUGAUUUCAAGGAAACUAGUUCUAGUGAAGCAUUUUCAUUUAAUGCUGAUGUGUUUUCUGGCUUGAACAAGAAGACGGUUUGUGAAAGCAGGAAAUCUAUGAGGCAUAAAAAGGUGAAAACGAAGAAGAUUUUCAGUAAUCAUAGCCUGGUGAGAGAUCAGACUGAUCAGCAAAACAAUGAGUCUCCAGUCUGUGGUUCGCCCAUGGACUUUUCACCAUAUCGGAAUACCAACUCUGAAGCCGAGAACAAAUGUCGUGAGCCAAGUGAGAGUAAUCUUGAGGUUGACUCACGGAACUGCUUGGAUGAUCAAAAGAAUAUUGCUUUCUCUGCUGAACCAUCUUCAAUAGAUGGCUUGUCAGCCAUAAGACGUCAGUACAAGAAAAAGUAUAGGACAAAGGGUUGCAAUCCAGCAAACCAAACCGUACAACAAAAUUCUGCAUCUGCUUCUCACGUGCAAUUUCCCCACACGGGUCAAAAUGAUUCAUCCAAGGUCCAAAAUGGAGAUGCUUCUCAUCCUCAUGGAAAUGGGACCCAUCUAUUCAGUACUAAUGAGGGGCAUGCCAAGCAAGAGUUUCCUGAAUUCGAAGCAUGUGAGAAAUGUCGAAUCAGGGGAAACAAAGCAUAUAAGGCUGGUGAUCUAUCUAGGGCUGAUGAAUUCUACAGCAAGGGCAUAAGAUACGUUUCACAUUCAAAUAUUCCUGAGUGCUGCAUUCAGCCUCUGUUGUUAUGCUAUAGCAACCGUGCUGCCACACGAAUGUCACUCUGUAGGGUAAGGGAAGCAAUCAAUGACUGUUCAAGCGCGGCUGCUUUAGACCCUAGCUUUCUCAAAGUAAAGCUAAGAGCUGGAAAUUGUUACCUAUUACUGGGGGAAGUGCAAGAAGCAGUGGUGAAUUACAACAGCUGUUUGGAAUCAAAAGGGGCUGUCUGCUUGGAUAGGAGAAUUGCAAUUGAAGCUUCAAAUGGUCUGCAAAAAGCAGAGAAAGUGGCUGAGAAAUUGCGCCUUUCUGUUGAACUUUUGCAACAGAAAACUGCUGAUGCUGCAAAAGGUGCUCUCGAGAUCAUUGCUGAGGCACUGUGUAUAAGUCUCUAUUCAGAAAAGUUGCUUGAAAUGAAAGCAGAGGGUCUGUGCAUGUUGCAGAAGUAUGGUGAAGCAAUCAAGCUGUGUGAACAGACCCUUGAUUUUGCUGAAAAGAACCAUGUUUCACUUAGCACAGAAAACAUUAAGGGUUCUCUAAAAAUGUGGAGAUGGUGCAUUAUGUCAAAGUCCUAUUACUAUCUUGGAAAGCUUGAAGCAGCUCUUCAUCUGAUUGAGAAGCAAGAGCAAGUACUUUUUGUCAAAGACAGAUCUGGGAACAUUUCUCGAGAGUCACCGGUUCCUUUAGGCGCUGUUAUACGCGAACUUUUAGACCACAAGAAAGCAGGAAAUGAAGCCUUCCAAUCUAGGAAGUUUGCAGAAGCACUUGAUCAUUACAAUGCUGCUAUAUCAUGCAGUGUUGAAUCACGGCCUUUCGCAGCUAUCUGUUUCUGCAAUCUUGCUGCAGCCCAUCAAAGUUUGGGGCAGAUUAUUGAUGCCAUUGCCGAUUGCAGUGUAGCCAUGGCUCUAGAUGAAAAUUACUCAAAGGCAGCUUCAAGGAGGGCUACUUUGCAUGAGAUGAUUAGAGACUAUGCCCACGCUGUUACUGAUCUUCAGAUGCUUAUAUCUCUGCUAGAAAAUCAAAAUUCUCAUCAAGACGGAUCACAAGAUAGGUCUAAUAGUGGCAGCAGUACUCUAAAAGAGUUGAGAAAAGCUCGCCAACGUCUCUCCUCAGUUCAGGAGAAAGUAAAAAGUGGAAUACCUUUGGAUCUUUAUCUCAUAUUGGGAAUUAAAGCAUCAGAUCCUGAAUCUGACAUCAAGAAGGCGUACAAGAAAGCAGCGUUGAAGCAUCACCCUGACAAGGCUGUUCAAUUUCUCGCAAAAACUGAGAGCAUGGACGGACAAUUGCGGAAGGAUAUCUCCGAUAAAGUUCAGAAGGAUGCUGACCGCCUUUUUAAAAUGAUUGGGGAAGCAUAUGCUAUUCUCUCAGAUUCCAACAAGCGCUCAAAUUAUGAUUAUGAAGAAGAAAUUAGGAGUAUGCGCAAACAAAUGAAUACAAAUUACAGCUGCACCAAAUCAUCUGAAUCGUACAAUUCUCCAUUUCGACGGAGCAGUAGCAGUAGACGUUAUGGGCAAGACUCGUGGAGAACAUAUGGGGAUUCUCGUCCCGAGUGGUAGGUUAAUUGUGGGAUUAUGAAUCAAUCAGUCUUCGUUUGGGUGGACCAGUGGAAUGAGGGUUACCUUCUUUUCAUGGAAGCAUACAUUUCCAUAGACAUUAACAAAGUUCAAUGGGAUGACAGCGAGGAGUUGAUCGAAAUUCUAUGCUGCUAACCAAGACAUUUCUGACUGGUCUGCAGUCGCCAUUUUCGAAAACUUUCUAUGCGCGUUGAUAUUCAUUCAUUCAAAUAAUGAAAGUGAUGGUUGGAGGAUAUCACUAGUUACGAUUGCCAACCCAUUUCCCACCGAAGAAGAGCACAUUUUAGUUAUAACUCCUCUCAUAAGUAACUGAUUUUUGAGCAACCCUACUUAAAAUUAUUGUUUUCCAUUGUUUGCUUUAUAAAAGAUACAUGCUCGUUAAUGAAAGUAUAAAGUGAUAGUGAUGUGUUCAAUUCAUGUGGUAAUCUUAUGUGACCGUAAGGAUAAAGUGAUAAUUUUAUAAUAUGUCAUAAUUGUGAAAUUGUAAAUCAUAUAUUCAUAA